AUGGCGGCCCCCUUGGAGCUCAGUUGCUGGGGAGGCGGCUGGGGGCUCCCGUCGGUGCACAGCGACUCCCUGGUGGUGAUGGCUUACGCCAAAUUUUCUGGUGCACCCCUGAAAGUCAAUGUCAUAGAUAACACCUGGAGAGGUUCAAGAGGAGAUGUACCAGUUUUGACAACUGAAGACAAUACUAUUUCUCAGCCGGCAAAAAUACUAAACUUUUUAAGAAAACAGAAAUACAAUGCUGAUUAUGAACUUUCAGCAAAACAAGGGGCAGAUACGCUAGCUUACAUUGCUCUCCUUGAAGAGAAGCUUCUUCCUGCAGUGCUUCACACAUUCUGGGUGGAGAGUGACAAUUACUUUACUGUGACAAAGCCAUGGUUUGCUUCACGAAUGCCUUUUCCCUUGAGUUUGAUCCUGCCUGGAAGAAUGUCUAAGGGAGCACUGAAUAGGAUUCUCCUGACCAGGGGAGAGCCUCCCCUCUACCACCUUCGAGAAGUAGAAGCUCGGAUAUACAGAGAUGCGAAGGAGUGCCUAAAUCUUCUGUCAAACAGAUUGGGAACAUCUCAGUUUUUCUUUGGAGAUAUGCCUUCCACUUUGGAUGCCUAUGUGUUUGGUUUUCUCGCGCCUCUUUAUAAAGUGCGUUUUCCUAAAGUUCAGUUACAAGAACAUUUGAAGCAGCUCUCCAACCUGUGUCGCUUUUGUGAUGACAUUCUAAACAGCUAUUUCAGGCUUAGUCUUGGAGGCAUCUCUCCUGCUGGACAAGAAACGGUAGAUGCAAAUCUGCAGAAACUGACACAACUUGUAAAUAAGGAAUCCAACUUAAUUGAAAAGAUGGAUGACAAUCUUCGCCAAAGCCCUCAGCUUCCUCCUCGGAAACUGCCAACACUUAAAUUGACUCCAGCAGAAGAAGAAAGUAAUUCCUUACAACGGCUAUCACCCUGA